UCUCUCUCUCCCUGUCCCCCUCCUCUCCACUCCACCUCUUUUCUCCGUAUCCUCCUGCAUCCCUUUAUCCUCUCCCAACCCUGUUAUCCUCUCUUACCCCUUUCUCUCCCUGCCUCUCUCUCCUCCCUCGGUAUCACUGUGUCCCUCUCCUCUCCACAAAUUUCCCUCUGGCCGGCUGGUAUCCCAGGAUGCCUUGCUAUAGGCCGCUCCGCUAGGCCCCAGCAGCAUGGGCGAAGCCUGGGUGGGGAGAGAAAGCACGGAUUGGACCCUUCCCCUCAGGACGGGCGCGCUGGCGGGUCACCCUCCCUCAGCUUCAGAUGGGCGAGGACGCUGAGAGUCCCAAAAUCAACCACAGCUUCCUGCGAGACUACGUCACCGAAGCUGAUGUCAUCUCUACAGUGGAGUUUAACCAGACAGGGGACCUGUUGGCCACAGGGGAUAAGGGGGGCCGAGUGGUCAUCUUUCAGAGAGAGACUAAGUCUAAAGGGGAGUCAGAGGAGACAGGGGAGACAGGGGACUCUGGGGAGUAUAACGUCUACAGCACGUUCCAGAGCCAUGAGCCGGACUUCGACUACCUGAAGAGUCUGGAGAUAGAAGAGAAAAUCAACAAAAUCAAAUGGCUGCCACAGCAGAAUGCAGCACACUUCCUCCUCUCCACCAAUGAUAAGACCAUUAAACUGUGGAAGGUGAGUGAGAGAGACAAGAGACCAGAGGGAUACAACCUGAAAGAUGAGGAGGGACGGAUCAAGGACAUCUCUACCGUCACCUCUUUGCAGGUCCCGGUGCUGAAACCCACGGAUCUGAUGGUAGAGGUCCGUCCCAGACGUGUGUUCGCUAAUGGACACACCUACCAUGUCAAUUCCAUCUCAGUCAACAGCGAUGGGGAGACCUACCUGUCUGCUGAUGACCUCCGCAUUAACAUGUGGCACCUGGGCAUCACUGACCGCAGCUUCAACAUUGUGGACAUCAAGCCAGCCAACAUGGAGGACCUGACGGAGGUGAUCACAGCAGCAGAGUUCCACCCUCAGCACUGCCACCUGUUUGUGUACAGCAGCAGCAAGGGCACACUGCGCCUCUGUGACAUGAGAGCCUCCGCGCUCUGUGACAAGCACGCCAAAUUGUUUGAGGAACCUGAGGAUCCAGGGAGCCGGUCCUUCUUCUCAGAGAUCAUUUCCUCCGUGUCAGAUACCAAAUUCAGCCACAGUGGGCGCUACCUGCUGACCAGGGACUACCUCACCGCCAAGGUGUGGGACCUAAACAUGGACAAGGGCCCAGUGGAGACUUACCAGGUCCAUGAGUAUCUGAGGAGUAAACUGUGUUCUCUCUAUGAGAAUGACUGCAUCUUUGACAAGUUUGAGUGUGUUUGGAACAGCUCAGACAGCGUGAUCAUGACGGGGGCGUACAACAGCUUCUUCCGGAUGUUUGACAGGGAGACAGGGCGAGGUGUGACCCUGGAGGCAUGGCGAGAGAGCAGCAAGCCUCGGGCUGUGUUGCGGACGCGACGGGUCUAUACUGGUGGCAAGCGUCGCCGUGGAGACGUGGGCGUAGAUAGCUUGGACUUCACCAAGAAAAUCCUGCACAUGGCCUGGCACCCAGCGGAGAACAUCAUCGCCAUAGCAGCCACCAACAACUUGUAUAUCUUUCAGGAUCGUGUCAACCCCGAGACACAGACACAGUGACACGGAUGGGGACAUAGAUUGUGGCAGAGACAGACGCACACUGCCUUCAUCAAGCUGUCACAAAGACACAAAGGGUGACUCAAAUAUAUUUGGAUGUGUUUCCAGUGGCGUAGGGAGAGGGAUCUGACAGUGUGUAAAUUUCAAGAUAUUUACACACAUCAAUGCUGUUUCGCACACAUAUGGAGACACGCCGUCAGUGUCAUGACAAUAAUGGAUUGGAUGAAAGAUGAGAUCUACAAGAUGGACAAAUAUAUUUGAUUUAACAGUGGCUAUCCUAAAGAGUGUCUCAACACUUAGGUGCACUCUUGACUCUUGCAGUCCGGUAUCCAUCAUGCCAUGCUUUUGGUUCCGCUCUACUCACAUUUUUUGAGGAUGCUUGUAUUGCUGGUCCACAGUAGGGUCAGUAUAGAGAUGCAGGGACACCUCUCCAUCUGUGAUGUCUCAUUGCCCUUGACCACACAAUACUGCAGUCCUCAAUGAUGUGGUUUGGUACCUUUUGGCAUAAAAUGGAGGACAUGUGUUCGGUAGUGAUGAAGAGGGUUUGACCAACACUAUAAAACAUUAAUGCCUGGGAUGACUAUCCUGAGCGGACUGGACAGUGUCUCCACUUGCACAGUGACUUUACCAGACAGUGCAUCUAAAUAUAGCAUUUUUCACAAUUGCAGAGUAUUAGGAGUGGUCUUAUUGUGCAACUCUCCACAACAUCCUGAAGCUUUUUCUCUGUUGGAUGACAACACUAUCUGAACCAUGUUACUAUUUCUCCUUUGGAGCAGUGCUCUUGGAGAAUGCACGCAUAAAUUACCCAUAAUCUUUGCCCUAUUCACCUUGCAAUAAUAGCACUUGCAAAAUAUAGUGCAGGAGUUUCCCUGCUCCAAAACAUGAGCUCCUGUUCAUAAAUGUAUACACACUUCCUGUUAACUGUAAAUACUACAUGAUUUUUUUUUUUUUUUUUUUUUACCUGCACCAGUUUUUGGUUCCAGAGAGUUAAAGGGUAUAAGAUACUCUUUGUCUAGUAUACUGCAAACAAACCUUGGACCUCAUUUAUGGAAGAGUUGUGGACAAGUAUUGCUGGCUUGUGAGUUGUGCACAAACAAACACUUAUUCCUUUAUUGUAUACGUUAGGCCAGUACUGAUUUUUACUCACUGUAUUUAGGCCUCUUACUUUUCUAAAUUGUGCCUACAGGACAUAGAAUGCUAAUUGGGCGGCAUAACAUGUAAGUGUUGAGCCAAAUUGAGAUCGCUUGGUGAUUGAAUGCAAUACAGGCAUAAAUGUGCUUCAUAUGAAAUAAUAUAAAAAUGAACCCGUAUUAUAAGUUAAUUUUACAAUGCACAAGCACAUUUUGUGAAAUUACCUAAUAAUCAAGUCAAAGAUGGAAUCCAAAUCUCUUUUCAUAAAUGAGGCUCCUGAUUCAGCUAAUGAAAUUCAGUGAUUAGGGUUGUGUCCAGUGUCUUGAAGGUGUGGUACAGGGAAUCUUCAGUGCAAUAGCUCAGUAGGAACAUUGCUGCUGACAAUGUCUUUAACAUUAAAACAGUAAUGUCAUGUGAAUUCGUCA